CAUUGGGCGCCAUUUAUAAAGUGAACAGUCUGUCUGCAACGCUACCUGCGUCUGUUGAAAAUGGCACCUAAAACCACAAAAGCGCAUUUAGCUGAGAUGCUGGAGGAUCUGACAGAGCACAAUUUCGAAAGAUUCUGCCACCAGCUCCUGGACCGCAAGAAGCCUUCGGUCCCCAGAAGCAGAGUGGAGGGUAAAUGUCGCAGGGACAUUGCAGAUGUGUUGGUUUCAGCUUUUACAGAAGCCAAAUCCGUUGGAGUGGCUGUGGUGAUCCUGAAGCAGAUUGGCUGCCGCGACGAAGCACAGAAACUCGCAGCAAUAGUUUCACGUGGAGGUGUAAAGAAGUCUGGAGGACCAACAGCUGCAUGUGGAAGUUUAAAGAAGUCUGGAGGACCAACAGCUGCAUGUAGAAGUUUAAAGAAGUCUGGAGGACCAACAGCUCCACGUGGAAGUUUAAAGAAGUCUGGAGGACCAACAGCUCCAUGUGGAAGUUUAAAGAAGUCUGGAGGACCUACAGCUCAAUGUAAAAGUUUAAAGAAGUCUGGAGGACCAACAGCUCCACGUAAAAGUUUAAAGAAGUCUGGAGGACCAACAGCUCCACGUGAAAGUUUAAAGAAGUCUGUAGCACAUGGAGGUGUGAAGAAACCAGAAGAGGUAAAGGCUGAAGCCGAGAACCGGGUUCUCUCAGAGGGCGGGGACCUGAGUAAUGACAGGCUUGUUUUAAGUAGGUAUAUCAUUCAGUUUGGCGAAUACAAAGGCCAGACCUUUAAUCAGCUCGUGGAGAACGACAUGGGCUAUGUUGCCAAGCUGGUGAAUAAGCACCAGAAUAACCGAAAGAAGUCUAAGAGUCCUAUGAACCCGUUGAUGGCCAACAAGGACUCCUUGACCGAGUUUGUGACUUCCUGUCCUGACCUCAUGAAAAAAGUCGAAUUACUCACCAAAAAAGAUGCCCUUCAGCCAGGCCAAAAGAGAAAGGCCUGCAGCUCAACCAUUAGCUUUGGGCCCAGUGCAGCCAACAAAAGAAAGGCCCCGUUGCCUGCACCUCCUCACAUCCCAACAACCAGCUUUGGGCCCAGUGCGACCCAAAACCCAUAUGGAGGUUUAGAAAACUCUGGAGCACCAACAGCUCCAUAUGGAGGUUUAGAGAAGUCUGGAGCACCAACAGCUCCAUAUGCAGGUUUAGAGAAGUCUGGAGCACCAACAGCUCCAUAUGCAGGUUUAGAGAAGUCUGGAGUACCAACAGCUCCAUAUGCAGGUUUAGAGAAGUCUGGAGGACCAACAGCUCCAUGUGGAAGUUUAAAGAAGUCUGGAGGACCUACAGCUGCAUGUGGAAGUUUAAAGAAGUCUGGAGGACCAACAGCUCCACGUAAAAGUUUAAAGAAGUCUGGAGGACCAACAGCUCCAUGUGGAAGUUUAAAGAAGUCUGGAGGACCAACAGCUCAAUGUAAAAGUUUAAAGAAGUCUGGAGGACCAACAGCUCCACGUGGAAGUUUAAAGACGUCUGGAGGACCUACAGCUCCACGUGGAAGUUUAAAGAAGUCUGGAGGACCAACAGCUCCACGUAAAAGUUUAAAGAAGUCUGGAGGACCUACAGCUCAAUGUAAAAGUUUAAAGAAGUCUGGAGGACCAACAGCUCCAUAUGCAGGUUUAGAGAAGUCUGGAGGACCAACAGCUCCAGGUGGAGGCUUAGGGAAGUCUGUAGCACAUGGAGGUGUGAAGAAACCAGAAGACGAGGCUGAAUCCAAGAACCGGGUUCUCUCAGAGGGCGGAGACCUGAGUAAUUUAGCAUUUUUUACCAGUCAGCCUGGCAAACAGAUCUUCGAUUGGUUUAUGGAGAACGACCAGUUUACCGGCCUCUAGUGGUGGCUUCGAUGUCACAAGUGACCCAUGGCUGCCAGCUCAAAGUUCUAUCAGGUACAUGGGUGUCCACGAGUCCAUAUAAUUUGUGAUGCAGUCUGGCAGUCCAUCAAUGUCCUCUGGCAGUCCAUGAGGUUCACAGAGAGCUUCCCAGUCAGUGUCUUCAAAGCAGCUCUGCAGAGCAGCGCCGUCCUCAUCUGCCCACCUUUUAACAACUUUAAUGGUGGCAGGCAGCCUUCGAACCUGAGGUGUGUAUUGUGGCAGCAGAUGAAUCAAAUUGUGAUCCGACUUUCCCAGGGGAGGGCAGUGGAAGAGUAGGCAUCCUUAACAUUAGCAUUCAUCAGGUCCAGUGUCUUCUCUGGUUACAAGUUAGAGAUAAAAACAUAUAAAAGUAAAAUUCUAUAAUGUAAUGUAAUAUAUUUGAAUUCAGUUUUCUAAUAAAAUUCUUGCUAUUUCUGGAUAAUUAAUCUCAUCUCUGUUCCAUUUGAAAUAAGCGACACUGAGCACCAUGUUUUGUUUUGUUUUUGUCAAAUGUAGGUGUAAAAUUAAGGAAAAUUAUUUUUUAAGAAUUAAAUUUAAGUCUAAAACUAAGGGAAAUUUCACUGAUGAAACACUGCAGUAACACGAGUGACAAUUUACAGUUAAAAUAAUUUUGUUUUUAUUUAAACAGUAUUUGGUAUAAAAGUUGAUUUCAUCUAAAUAUUCAGUCUUUUUAAAGUUCUUCCAUGAGAUGUUUCUCGUUCUUCUCAAGGCUUUGGUAGAAAGCAUCUUUACAGCCUUUAGCAGCUCCCAGAGGACCAGAAUAAUGCGCUCUCAACUCCUGACGGGUUGGCAGAGCUCUGAUUUCAUCAUACUGCUCUUGUUGGAUGACAUCUGCAUCCAAAAGCUCAUCCAGAAU